AUGGUGAGGAUAGAGGCCCAAUCCAGGCUAGCGGCCCAUAGGCGCGGGGCCACCGCACUCAAGUUGGUCGUCAAGAACGGCUUCCUCGAGGCGGUGGACGUGGAGCCCAGCCUCACGCGCGCCCGCAGCGAUGGGGACCUCUUGGGGCCAUCGGGCCGCCGCUCCGCCGUCCGCGCGGGCGACGUGGCCCCGCUCGCGCCCUGCCGCGCCUCGCCCCUCAGCAACCCGAGGACGGCGUCGACGUUGAUACAGGACAGCCACGGUUCGGUCGGCGGCCUCGCCGGCGUGGCCGAGGACAGCCAGCGCGGUGUGGAGGGUUGGCCAGAGGCUCCGAGUGGCGCCGCGUACGCACCGUUGAGCGCGCGGGCCGUCAGUGCGAUCGGCACCCAGACCGACGAGCACGUGGAAGACAUCAUUUGUCCGACUUGUGAUUCAGUAGGCGUGCUUCAUGCCUGCGGGCACUGGCAGUGCACAACAUUGACGUGUCGACCGACCUGGUAUCAGCGACUGGAGGCCACGAAAUGGCUGCUCCCACGGACACGCACGCGAAUGGUCGACGAGCAGUUUUUUAAGACUCGUGAGCGUUGCUCAGCCUGCCGCCCCGAGGGCCGUUGCCUCAAGGGGGCUUGCCCUCGGUACUGCAACUUUGUCUUCAGAAGGGGCACGUGCAGGUUUGGUGCAAACUGUAACUUUUGUCACCUGCACGAGCCCAGUGGGGAGCUCAAAGACGAGGUCAAAGGUGCAGCAGAUAUUCCACAACCACCGUGUUGCUCGCAUCUACCGCCUCCACGUCCCGGGUUGCCCCUGACACUGAUCAAGCCAGUGUACAAGGGCUUCAGCGCCACGUUCAACGGCAUGGAGAGCCCCAGUGCCAGCAGCCCGAGGCCGGACGAGGCGCGCCCCUACGGCGCCCCGUGGUCGAUGGACGCAUGGAAGCCAGAGCAGCUCUGGGCGAUGGAGCUAGUCCUGGAGCCCCCGCCCGGCGCGACCGCGAGCGCCCCGGAUUCCGAGGGCGCGUGCGGGGGACGGCGCAAGCGCAAGCGCACCCGCACCGCGGCCGACGACAGCGGCCGCCGCCCCCGUGGAGGCCUCACCCGGUUCUGCCACCGGGCGCUCGUCGAGGAGGCCGCUGCCCGCGGCAUCCCCACGGAGGGCUCGCUGCGGCUGCGGCUCAUCGCGGACAUCCGCGAGCACGACGCGAAGGUGCUCAUAGAGCUCGUCGAGGAGGCCACCAGCACCGGCGGCGGCUCCACGCGGUCCAACCUCUCGCCCGGGGUCGUCGCGGAGCUCCGGGAGCACGGCGCAGGAAUCAAGCACAUGACCUUCAAGGAUAUCAUCCAGGAGGCCCAGGCGCGCGGAAUGAGCACGAAGAGCGGCCGCAAGAGCUGGGACCAGCUCUUAGAGGAGAUUUGCGAGAGCAGGCGCAAGGAUUUCCACAAGCCUUGCGCCGAAGAGCUCACGAAGGGGUCCGCCGCGAUCCCCCAGGGCGGAGGGUGGUCUUGGGGAGGUGCUGGAGUCCAGGCCUCCCAAGUGGGAUCCGAGUAG